GGUAACGUCACGUCGUUUUCAUUUAAAAACAAAAACAAUUAUCAUAUGGCAGCAAACGAUAACAGUGACCGAGGCCUGGAAUAUAGUGAUGAACAGGCGAAUGACAAUGCGCCCUCCUUACAGAGCUCGCCGGAAAUCCCUUGUUUUGAUGACUGGGCGUCCACGACAUCCACGCAGACCGGAUGUAGUGAGCUGUACGGCGGCCUUUCAUUACGACCGCUUCCCGAGGACGCCUAUGCAUGUUACAGAAAGGCGUCUACAACGAGUGUUCGAGAUUUUGUGUUAAACGAGCCACGCUGUUGCCACAACUACGACAGCCCGACACAAAUGUCAGCAAUUUUGAAUGCGGUGUUAUUCUGGAAGAAGCAAGCUUGCGUUCAAACGAAGAAAUACUAUCAAGAAUGUAACAACAAUAUUUAGUUAAAGAAACUUUUAGCUGUUUGUUUCCAUUACUUUUUCCAAAACCAAUCAGUAAGCGUAAAUAUCUGCUUAAAUUAGUGCUGUUGCUUUUUUUGUAAAAUCAAAAUUUUAACUAUGUGCAUAUUCUAUUUUAUUAUAUUUUAAAAAUAAGUAAACUCCUCUUAAAUUGGU